UGCGCGCGUAAAACGAGGAUAUUGCAAGCAAUUCAAACAUAAAUUUUUCUCAAUAAGUGGGUUGCGCGCGCAGGUUGCACAUGCGCGUGAUCAUUGGCACACGCUUCCAAGCACGAGUCGUAACAGUGCGUUUCGGGCGUUCAACGGAGGAAGUGGAUUUGUGUUGUUUCUCUCCGUUGCAUCGCGUUUCUCUUCAUCCUCGCGGUUUAUAUUAAACUUUCUUCGAGGAUCUUUACUUUAUUUCUUUCCUGGUUUUUUUUUUAUUUUUUCUAUAUCUCUCCGUCUAUUUUUAAUCUUCAUAAUUCAUCAUUUUUGUGAAUAUAUAAUAAAAGGUGCUUAUGUGAGUUAACUGUAUCAAACUGUUAUUGGUUUCUCUUGUGAGGUUUUUUUUGUAAAUGAAUUAAUCGUCCUUGUGAAGAAGAUAAAAAAGAAGAAGAAGAAGAAGAAAAAUAUAAAAAAGAAAUCAAAAUGAGUGGUAGAACGACAAAGAUGGUUCUAUUAAUUGCUUUGAUCGUCCUUUAUACUCUUUUGACGACUACGUUCGUCAACGGCGCCGGCUUGAAAUGUGACGCUGUCAGGCCGGAUUUCGAAGCGCAGGGCUUUCCACUAAGUGACAUACCAAAGGAACCAAUUUCAUCGAAGGAAUUAAAAAUAUGCGGUGGAAUAAGCAGCGGCGGUGAAGUUUGUUGUUCCGCCGACAUGGAGUUACGAUUACAAGCAAGGGCCCGAGACAAGCACGAGAAAGCAACCAGGGAUACCCUUCAGCGACUGCAUCAACUCUUGUCCACUCGUGGAAAUAGAUUUCACAGCUUUUUCAAGGAGCUCUUAGCAACCAGCAAGAGAGGCUUCCACGAGAUGUUCAAGAAAACUUACGGAAUUUUGUAUGAACAAAACUCUUACGUAUUCACGGAUCUCUUCAAGGAACUUGAGAAUUAUUAUGCGAAGGGAACAGUCGAUCUCGACGACACGAUGGACAAUUUCUUCAACACGCUUUAUCAAAAAAUGUUUACUGUAUUAAACAGUCAAUAUAAAUUUGACAAUAAGUACUUGGAAUGUGUUGGUGAUCAUAUGAAAGAAAUGAGGCCAUUCGGUGAUGUACCUCAAAAACUGAGCGUUCAGAUUAAAAGAUCCUUCGUUUCUACUAGAGCUUUUAGUCAGGCACUUACUGUUGCUGCAGAUGUUCUAAAAAACAUGCAAACGUUGAAAUCAUCACCAGAAUGUGCAUCAGCGUUGACAAGAAUGACAGCUUGUCUCUCGUGUAGCGGGAUCGCAGGCAAGGUGUUAGCUUGCGGCGACAUGUGUGCGAACGUAAUGAAGGGUUGUUUAGCUCAGCACGUGGCGCUUGACGGGGAAUGGAAUCAGUUCGUUGAGGCAUUUGACAAAGUAGCAGAUCGUUUGCUGGGUCCAUUCAAUAUAGAGAUGUUGAUGAAACCAAUAAACUUAAAGAUAUCCGAAGCGAUAAUGAACUUUCAAGAGAGCAGUAGCGAUGUUUCGCAAAGGAUAUUCACAGGAUGUGGUCGUCCUGUGUUGGGUAGACGAAGAAGAAGAGAUAACAGAGAACUCGAACUUGAGUCAUUGAACUUUGAUCAGGAAACAUCAGGUGAGGAUCGUUCCUCGACUGCUGCGAUACUGGACAAGCUCGUCAAGGAGAUAAGACAGAGGAUAAGAGACUCUCGACAGUUCUGGGUCUACCUACCCUAUCAGUUAUGCAACGAUGGUUUGGUACAACCACCUAGCAAUACUAAGGAAUGUUGGAAUGGUACGCACGUCGAUAAAUAUAUAUAUCCAGUAUCCUCGGAUGGAGAGACGCAACCAUUAAAUCCAGAAGUACGAAGUAGCGGACCAAGGCCUACCAUCGUGAGGGAUCAAAUUUUUGCUCUGACGACGAUCACGAACAGGCUUAGGUCAGCGUUUAAUGGUCAAGAUGUUGACUGGAUAGAUACAGAGGAAGUAUGGUACGGAUCCGGAAGUGGAUCAGGUGACGGUUCGGAUGGUAUGGACAACGAGGAUCGUUUCGUAGAAGGAUCAGGUUACGGUGGUGACCAUUCAUUACCAGAACAACCACCGAAUCAACCAACACCUAAUAGAGGUCCGGAAGAAGUACCACCAAGAGUAGAUGUUGAUAUCAAAUCAAACAACGAUAACAACAAUACCAAGAAAUAUGGCAAUACAACGGACACAGCUGAUAGUGGAGCAACCAGACAAAAAAUAUCUUUGUCACGAGCAUUGACGACGUAUCUGGUGCCGAUAGUUGUCAUGUGGUUUGGUGGAUGUCUCACCGAGUGGCUGUGAUCAUACGGCUUUAUUAUAAUCGAGCAGUGUACUACAGUGUAAAUAUCUCUUUUUAAGAGAACAACAACAGUAACUCCUUUUCAUUCAACAAUCCACUUCGACGAUCCUUGUAUUCGUCGUUGUUGUUGUCAUAGUUAUUAUUGUCGUGAAACUGAUGCGUUAGUGAUCGCAAAGAAAAAAAAAAAAAAAAUGGUAUUUUUUUUCGUUGUAUAAGCGAAAUUUUCAUCGACGAUAAUUACAAGUAAAAAAAAGUGAGUUUUAUAUAUAAAAUAAGAAAAUAUACUAUAUGAAGUAUAUUUUCUUCUACUUCUUCUUCCUUUUUUUUUUUUUUUUUUUUUUUUUUAUUCGACAUUUUAGGAUUAAUUUUUUUAGACGCUCGAUUGAAACUGAUCGAUCUUAUCUAUCUAUUUUUUUAUUUCUAUUAUUAACGUGAGAAUCUUUACGCGAUAUGAGUGCUUAGAUCUAAUUAAUUAAACUAAAUUCGAUUAAAUUACGAUAUAAAAAUAUAAACAAAGAAUUCUAUGAUACUGGAACUGAGUAUACGAGAAUUUACAUUUAUGCUCCGGCAUUGAACUCUCCAAAGCGCGCGGAAUUAUUCAGUUACUUUAAUCGAACCGAGAAGAAAAGAGUAUAUUUUUUUUUUUUUUCUUUUUUUUUUGGUUUCUUAUAAUUACUAUACUUGACUCUUUAAUAUUUCGUUUCGUUAAAUUAGAUUCGUCAAAACAAAAAUGAAAAAAGAAAAUCAUUUACUUUUGUCUGCGUGUUUGCGUUCGUUUAAUCCUCUAUAACCUAAAUUUUUGUUCUUAUUUACAAAAAAACAUUUGAUGUAAUGUGACAAUUAUAAUAUUUGUACUAUAAUUGCAAUAUUUAAUGAUUUUAGAAAAAAAUAUUUAAAAUACAUCAAACAUGUAUAAUAAUUUUGUUACGAUAAAAUAAAAUGAUGGAAUGCGCAAGUUUGUGUUUGAAUUUUAAAUUGCGAGACGUGUUAUAGAGGGUUAAUAAAAAAUAUUUUCACCUUAUUUCUUUUCGUUAAGUUACAAUAUUGUUGUUUUCUUCUUCUUCUUCUUCUUCUUUCUUCCUUCCUUUCUUUCUUUCUUUCUUCUCGUAACUGAUAUAAAUAUUACGUCACUGAUACGCUAAUCGGCCCAAAUUUAGUAACCAAACAAGAAAUUGCACAUAAUUAAGUGUCAAAACGUCGUGCGACAUAAAACGACAAAAAAAAAAUCAACAAUCCUUGCUAAAAAGGCUGAAAGUAAAAGAGAGAGCUCCUGUGAUAAAAUCAAAAGUAAAAUGAGCUCGUAUCAUCGUCAUCGAAUCGUCACCAAUAAUUAGCUACCCGCGUUGCCGCCGCACGCGCAAAAUUUCUUCGACAAAAAAAAAAGAAAAAAAAAAAAAAAAAAAAAAAAAAAAAACACUAUAAUAAAAUUAAUGCGAAUCGGUAACAUUGUUCGCGAAUUCACUGAUUGAUUAAAAGGACAUUAAAUAUCUAUAUAUAAAAGUAAAG